AUGCCACCUCCACCUCUAAUAACUUUAGAUGUUGAAGGUGUAUUCUUUAAGACUAGAAUUGCUACGUUAAAGUCCAUUGAGGGUACAUAUUUCACUAAAUUAUUUGAGACGAAUUGGAGAGAACAAUUGGAUAGGGAUGGAAGACUAUUCAUCGACCGAGAUUCCUCCGUAUUCCCAGUGAUUUUGAACUUUCUAAGAGAUCACGACAAGUGUCCUCUGCCGAAAGAUGAGUACCAAUUGAUGAGAAUUCUGCGGGAAGCAGUAUUCUUCAAAAUUGGUCCUUUACGAAACAUUCUGGAGCAUAAGUUGAGAGUUUCUCCUUCUUGCACAUGCCCACCAGAACUUCCAUCAACUCCGAUUCCACCUCCGAUUCAGAAAGAAAAUAUUCCUCUUCCUCGAAGUCUUCUCCUCUCGAAGCCACCACCACCUCCACCUCCACCAUCUUUGAUGCAACCAAAGGAUACGGUACAAAUUCCAAUGAGAAAACCUCCAAUUGAUAGGAAUUCGAAGAAGCUGAAAACUUCUGCGGAUUCGAUCAGUCUUCCGAGAAAUUUUACACAUAUUGCUCAUGUCGGUUGGAACGGUGCUUCUGUGUUUUCCGAUCAGAAAAUGACCGAUGAUCCUACUGUCAAAAAGAUUUGUGAUGCUGCUGCAGAAGCUGUUGAUUUGAAUGCAGUUUACAACGUUGUUAACAAAAACGAAGACGAAGAAAGUCACAGUGUCGAAGUGCUCAUAACCGGCGGAGUGAUGCAAUCGAGAGAUGGAACAUCUCGCCACUAA